AUGGCGAGUUAUUUUGAUAUGAACGAAUUCAGCGUAGAACAGCUUAUGGCUCUCAAUAGUAUCAUAGAUAGUGACAACGAGAUCGAUGAAAGAGUAGACAACAUCAUGGCCGACAAAAACUACAGGAUUGCACCUGAUGAUAAGGGCAAAAGUCCCUUUGAAGGAGAAAGACAAUUCGUAGACGAAGUUGACCGUGAUAUGGAGGUAAAGAAACCUAGACGCCUUCCUUUGAACUAUAAGGGAAGAAGAGGAAUUAUGCCUACAUGGAAAUACUCUGACAGGCAAAAGGCAAAGGCCCUACUUGUAGAGGAGGCAUACCAAAGUUUACUAUCAAAGGGCGUUCAGGGAUUACCACCAACAAUGGGAGGCAGAUGGCGCACGGAUGAUCCUCAAGUAAACGAGGAAAUCAAGAGGAUUGAAAAUAAAAGGAAUCCUAAGAUAAAGCGUCCCAGAGGUAGACCACCGAAGGCAAAAACUGACUCCGAAGUUAAGGUUCCCAAAAAGAGAGGAAGACCUUCAAAGGCAGUCCGAUGCUAAAGUGAAGAUUCCUGGAAGGAGAGGUAGACCACAAAAGGUAAAGACUGACUAUGAAGUGAAGGUUCCUAAAAAGAGAGGAAGACCUCCAAAGGCUAAGCCUAAUGUUAAGGUUAAAAGGCAAACCGUAGCUGAAAGAUUCCUGAGUCAAAGAAAGGUAAAACUGUCAGUACCAGCUGAUAGUGUUAUAACACCAACAGGUCCUGGUAAGUUUAUAAUUCACGUGGAUCUUAAUAAUAAACCUGUGAGAAAAGCUCCUGAGGUGCCUAAGGGUGUAGCUCCAUGGAAACCCGUACCUAAGCCUAGAACGGUACUUCCUAAGGAAAGACCUGUACCUAAACCCAGGACUAAGCUUCCUAGGGAAAGACCUGUACCGAAACCUAGGACCAGGAAACCAGUGUCUGCUCCUAAGGUCCGUAAGCCUGUAAGAGUGUCGAGGGAAGUCAGGGAGCAGCCUAUGGUGGUUACACCAGAGGAACAUGAAAUCGAUCCAUUUGGAACAGACCUUGAAAAGCCAUUCCACAGAAAAUCGAAACAGCCGCAAAUGGAGCCGCCGUGA